AUUCGCGGGGUAUGUUGUGUACUGCUUUCGACCGAUUGUCGCCGCUCCGUGUGUAGUCGUGAGUGAUUCGAGUACGUGGUGAUCGGAAACCGUUGGGUCCUUUCCACACCCGUUGGGAUUUGCGUGUCUUUUGCGUGAUCGAUUUCUUACUGGUGGACGCGUAAUUUACGUGGAUCCUGAUUCAUCCGCGCGCGUAUUGCGGAAUAAUUAUUGGAUGUAGGAUUGACGCAAUGGGUUUGCAUGGCUGACCUUGGCGUAACGGAACGUUCGAAAGUAAUUGCUGCAAAAAUCCCUCAAUUUGGUCAACGCCACUCCUGUUUAUUAUUUAUUAAUCGAUUGAUAACUUAGGAAUGAGGGAAAAGUGAUUCAACUUGAAGCGAGUGAGAUAGCGAACCAAAGCGGGAGUGAAGAGCAGCGAUUGGGGAAAAUCGGUGCUCAUGAAUCUUCCUCUCAAGAGAUACGAAAACAAGAAAAAGUAUCUAUGAAUUAUUCGGUUAAUAAAUUUAAAAAAUCAGUGAUAUAGAAGUUUGACCAUCGUAAAUCGCACCCAUCAAUCUCAUCAAACGGAGCCGCUUGCUCGCGUAAGGCCAGGCGGAAAUAAGCUAGUUCAACAAAUAGUUAAUCAAUUUCGAAGGCAAUAAAAUACAAGAAGUAAUCAACAAAUCAAUCCCUUGCGCGCUGUGAGCUCGCAUCAACAAGUACGUGUGCCUUAACUACUCCGUGGGUAGUGAUCGUAAAAAUAAAUAAAAAAUAUAUGGACUGUCUACAACUGUUGACCUUUUAAUUAGAAACUGUAACAAACGCUCAAUAAUAUAUACGAAUCAAAUAAAAAGCUUCUCAAAGUAACUUCAUCAGUUAUGACUGCAUCUUCAUGAUACCGUAAGGAAACCCCUGGAUAAAUCUUAUAGAAUCGAUAGAUCAGUCGUAUCGUGGUCCUUCCGCUGGAAGAUCUCGAUCUUAAUCGACUCUGGUGGAAAACAGUGCAACGGAAAUGCGACGGAAGUGCAUCCGGCCGUAGUGAAUGAAAUUGUGAAACACUUCAAAACCAGAAGAGUGUGCAAUUUGUGUUCACCGAAAGAAAGAGAAAGAAUAAGUGUCACCUCAGUGUGAAGAGAUCCUGGCAAUACAAACCACCCUUCCACCCAUUCAUACAAAAAUCAUCCUAUAUGGUAAUGGCGGAGAUCGGUGGCCCCUUGGCUCACCAGUUGAACCCCUUGCAGAACCACCGGGGCGGCCUGGUGCAGCCGUCGCUGGUGAUGAACCACCACCUCGAUCCGCUGGACAACAACGGCGGCGGGACGUGCCAUGCGCCCAGCAUUCUUCCAAAAAAAGAACGCCUCUCGCUGUGCGUCGGCUGCGGCGGUCAAAUCCACGACCAGUACAUCCUGCGGGUGGCGCCCGAUCUCGAGUGGCACGCGGCCUGCCUCAAGUGCCAAGAAUGCCGACAGUUCCUAGAUGAAAGCUGUACCUGCUUCGUGAGGGACGGCAAAACGUACUGUAAGCGAGAUUAUGUUAGGUUAUUUGGUACCAAAUGUGAUAAAUGCGGAAGCUCCUUUAGUAAAAACGACUUCGUGAUGCGAGCCAAAACGAAAAUCUACCACAUAGAAUGCUUUCGAUGUUCCGCUUGCACGAGGCAGCUGAUACCGGGUGACGAAUUUGCGUUACGAGAUGGAGGAGCGCUGUACUGCAAGGAGGACCACGACCACCUAGAGAAAUCCAACCAAAACAGUCUGAUACAGAGUGUAGAACCAAAUAACAACAACAUUAGUAGUAAUACCAACCAGAAUAGUACGAGUAAUAAUAACAACAACAACACUAGCUUAAGCAAUAACAACCACUCGAGUGAGCUGGGUUCGAUGUCGGAUUCUGGCAGCGAAUCGGGAUCCCACAAAAGUAUGCGCGGCAAAGGACCCUCCGGACCGUCCGACGGCAAACCGACCCGGGUGCGAACGGUGCUCAACGAGAAACAGCUACACACCUUAAGAACCUGCUACAAUGCCAAUCCCCGACCGGAUGCGCUCAUGAAGGAACAGCUGGUGGAGAUGACCGGCCUCUCGCCGCGGGUCAUCCGGGUUUGGUUCCAGAACAAACGGUGUAAGGACAAGAAGAAAACCAUCCAGAUGAAGCUGCAGAUGCAACAGGAGAAGGAAGGUCGUAAACUCGGUUAUGGCAUGCAGGGAAUCCCAAUGGUUGCCAGCUCCCCGGUACGGCAUGAUUCUCCGCUGAACAUGCACGGUCUGGAAGUGACGGCCUACCAACCCCCGUGGAAGGCCCUGUCGGACUUUGCGCUGCACUCGGACCUCGAUAGCAACGGAGCAAUCAACACUCACACACCCGCGUUUCAGCAUCUAGUCAAUCAGAUGCACGGCUAUGAUGUCGGUGGUGGCGGAGGUAUGCAACAGAUGCCACCCCAGGGUCAGGGCCCACCGAUUCCCUCCCACAUGGACAUGAGUGGUCACCAUCACCCGGACAGUACCGAUUCGUAUGUGACAUAUCUGGAGAGUGACGACAGCAUGCAAGGCAGCCCGUAGGCUUACUACGAACAGUGAUAGGUUUCUUUCCGCUCCGAACUUUCCUCAGCCGUUCUGAAGUAAAACUUUUUGUUAACUGCCAUGUUUCAAUUAUAGUUGCUCGUUGGUUCCUACGGAAGUGAUCCAUUUUAAAUACGCGACAAUAGUUCAGUUUCGAAAAAAAGAUCUAUAGGUAUAUCACGUUCGCCGUGCACGCAAAGAUAUUAAUUUAAUUUAUUUCAACAAACCCCACACAGAGAUUGAAACUAUGGUUGAUAGCCUCAGAAAUCUAGCCAAUCGUACUUUUAUUUUAUUAAUUGUUGGUUCGUAUCUAAUUCGUCGCAAAUUGUACAAAGGCGAAUUUUUGUUUUCCUUGUAAAUAUUGUACUAUACCAGAAACAUAGAAAUCGAAAUAGAAUCACUGAAAUAUCAGUUGGGCAUUUUCUUCUCACUGAAGGUUAGCAUAAUCAAAUUCAAAGUUACAAUGGUCUCCUAAAGUGUUAAGAUUUUAUUUGUAAAUCAAUUUAAAUCUCGUGUAAAAAAUGCUUUUUUAUUUAUCAUACCAUCAAGCUAUGCCAGCAUCCAUAAGAUAGAAAGUGGCAAAUGACAGUAGAGUAUAAUAAAGAAUCAAACAUAACUAAGUUUUACGAGAAAAUUCGCUAUAAGGAGAUGUAGGGAAAUUAAUUGUAUUAUAGUAAUGAAUCACUUUUGAGAUUUAAUCAAUGAACAGUUCAUCCCCUUGACGAAGUAUGCAAUGCAAUUGAAGCAAAAUGUGUAUAAUAAAAAACAUAUUGACUGUAUGGAAAAAAUAAUUAGACCGAUUAAAACCCAUCAAUUUUAAUCAUACAAA